UCAGUCUCCUGCAUCUGUGGCAGACGAGCGGCUCGCCGUCGCACCCUCUUGCCUUCACCACGUGCUGUGGUGGGUGAUGCUACCGAGCCCUUGAUGACCUGCAGCCUCAUGACGCGCACCCUGAUUAUCUGCUUCCUGCUGCUGUUCGCCCUGCCUGGCAAUCACGUCGGUGUUGCUUUCCAGCCUGAAUUUGCCGAGCCCAUCUUGAACCUGACCGUGCCCCUUGGCAGGGACGCCACGUUCACCUGCGUCGUCCGCCACCUUGGAGGUUACAGGGUGGGCUGGGUGAAGGCGGACACCAAAGCGAUCCAGGCCAUCCACGACCAUGUCAUCACGCACAAUCCUCGCGUGGCUGUCUCGCACAAUGACUACAGCACCUGGAACCUGCACAUCAAGGGCGUUCAGGAGGAGGAUCGCGGCAGUUACAUGUGCCAGAUCAACACCGAUCCCAUGCAGAGCCAGAUGGGUCACCUGGACGUGGUCGUCCCGCCGGAUAUCGUGAACGAGGACACGUCGGGCGACGUCAUGGUGCCCGAGGGCGGCACCGUAAAGCUCACGUGUCGGGCGCGCGGCUACCCAACGCCUCAUGUGCAGUGGCGGCGAGAGGACAACGCCGAGAUUGUGAUUCGAGAGGCGAGUGGCGUCAAGACCAAAGUGUCCAACUUCCAGGGAGAAUUCCUGAAGCUUACCAAGGUAACGCGCUCUGAGAUGGGAGCGUACCUGUGCAUUGCUUCAAACGGCAUCCCACCGUCGGUCAGCAAGAGGAUCAUGGUCAGCGUGCAUUUUCAUCCAGUCAUUCAAGUUCCCAAUCAACUAGUUGGAGCACCGCUCGGAACAGACGUAACUCUCGAGUGUCACGUGGAAGCAUCUCCGCGGUCAAUCAACUACUGGGUUCGAGACACAGGAGAAAUGGUGAUCUCGAGCGAAAAAUACGACGUGCAGACCAUCAGCAAGUCCAUGUUCGAGGUGAAAAUGAUCCUGAACAUCAGGAGUCUGGCCAAGACGGAUGCUGGCUCGUAUCGCUGCGUCGCCAAAAAUUCGCUGGGUGAGGUCGACAGCAGCAUCCGACUCUAUGAAAUACCGGGCCCGACCCGCAAGCCGCAGCCUCCGGGCCGAUUCAACCCGCCGCACUACGACGAAGAGGAGGACUACCCGGACCAACUAGGCUCGGCCGAGCAGGAGGCCGAGGAGGAGAUGACCAACAUCGUGGCCGACCGGAACCCAACCAGGGGCGGUCCUCACCCCACCCUCUUGCCCCCUGGCAAGAAAAACAACCAUGUGGUGUUCUCCGAGCGCGAGGCCGAGUCGGACGACUCGUCGAGCGCCGCCACUUCUGGUGUGGCGCCGGUUGCGACGCUGCUGGUAGCCCUUCUGCUGCUGGCAAUCUGACUCUGACUUGCAUAUCGUGACAAUAAUUGGAUGAAACACGGCGGUGGCGUUGUUCUUUGCCUUAAUCUAGCAAUAAAUAUGAAUGAUGAGAGACGGACACAUUGCAAUUGACGAGGGACGUACGGGCGGCGCCACCACUUCGACACCGGUGCCGACCCAGACGCGAGCUCCGAGUUGGACGCGUUGUUAUUGUUGUUGCUUAGUGUGCUAUGACGCCUCGUCGAUGAAGUUAUUUAUCGUCUGUAUGCAUAUAAUAAAUAUUUCCCUCUGUGAGUGUGCACUGUGCAGAUCCCAUCCGAUUUUGUGGUCGCUCUCGCAACGCUGACGAGUGAGCGAGCGCGCGUGUGCGUGAAAUUUAAGGGCCCCCUGUUGAAUUGUGUAUCUCUAUAUAUAAAGAUAAAAAUUGAUGAAAUAAAUUGUGUAUGAUUCACCGAUCAAUCCUCACAGAGACAAUUAUAUUUGUUUUUGCUGGCGACUGCUGCUGUGCUUGUUUGAUAAUGGACUGUUGGAAUAAAUGGGAAAAGCGUGCGAUGAUCAUGAGACAUAUCUGCUGAAAUAUGAGAUAUAUGUACAACGAAUCAUCGCUAUAAUGAUAAAUUGUUAUCAUCCGAAUCCUAAGAAGUAUUAUCCAUUUACGUUUUGAAAUGUGCACUCGCUUUAUAAAAGAAAUUGAGCUUCUCAAAAGACGAUUUUGGUAGUGGUAGGAAAAGACUGCUUUGCUGACAUCCUUUGAUCCGUAUUAAUUUUUUGUGACAUAAAGUGUUGCUAUGUAAAUCCCCUGUGAUCCUUGGUUGUGCAAAUCUUUUGUUUCAAAGACUCUGCGCAAGUGAGCAAGUCAAAUAUUCCCAUGUAUAACAAAAAUGUUUAAUAUUUAAGUGAUGUAAAAAUACCACGAUUGCGAUAUUAUAAUCACAGCUGAAUCAACGCAAAGACAGAAGUGUUAUGCUAUCUAUUAUGUUAAUUAAAUCAUUAUAUCUCUCCACUGCUGAAUGUACGAUACUAUGUAAACUAACUAACCUCAUGCAGUGAAUUUUAUGAUUAAAAAUCAUGUCGCAA